AAAAUUAUAUAUAUAUUAAAAAAAAUGGUCGAAAAGCUAGGGAAGACCAGUGGAAAACCAAAAUGUCAAAGAAACAAAACAAAAACCGUUUAAAAAGCCGAAAAUGCAUGCGGAAAAAUAAAAAAAAUAAAAAUUCGGAGGGAGCGCCAAGAGCGCGACACAUGGCGUAUGGCUGAGAGCGCGCCAAGUGGCGCUGAUCGUUGCGAGGCUCUCGAAGGAGCGCUCGUUAAUUAGUUGCUCCCACGAACGAAAUCACUAAUUAAGGAACGAGUUGUUCGGUCUGGCGAUCUCCCAGGCCGAACGAGUCAGCGCCAUAUCGGGUUUUUAAUUCGAACAAGACUCAAAUAUGUUAUUUCCUCUGGUCCAUAUUACUUGUCCUAGUCUCUCCCUAAUAAUAAAGCACGGAUUGGGUCUCCGGGUUCACCGUCGUGGUGUUUUUGCAAAAACAUCCCUAGCUUUUUCUUAAAUCAACCCGCAAUCCUUCUGUAAGUCAAUCCGAACUGGUUCAGGAAACAGAAAAGAGAGAAGAAAAAACACCGCACCCCCGCCCAUCCGCCGCGCGCCGCCACCACCGUCCCCUGUCGCCCACCGCCGCGCGCCGCCACCACCGUCCUAUGUCGCCCACCGCCGCAAGCUCGAGGCGUGCUCCUCCUCCUCCUCAACUACCGCGCCGCUCCGGCCCCACAAACGCACCUUCUCGACCCCUACCCUCCGCGCCGCUCCCGCCUCCCCUUUCCUCCAUCCGCUUCCACCGCAGCCCCAACUCCACUUCCAUCGACGUUUCUGCCUUCGCCGCCGCGGGUCCCCUCCUUCCCCGCCUCCUCUCUCCCUCCCCUUCCACCUCCUUCUCAUCUCCUUCCCCCUCCCCGUCAGCCCCCCGUCCUGCCCUCCCACCGUGGCCAUCGAACUGCCGUGCGGGAUGGUCCUGGGCUCGCGGGUCACGGUGGUGGCCCCGCCAAGGAAAAAGGAUGGGGCGGCAUCGGCGUCAUAGUUCAUGGUGGAGCUGCUGGGCACCAAGGCUGUGAAGGGGAAGGAGCGUCCCAGGAUACUGCACUUCAACCCCAGGAUCAGGGGCGAUUCAUCAAGCUCAACACCUGUGCGCAUGUAGUGGGCGCUGGGCGUCAUGGCCCGACGACAACAGGGGCGAGCUUUGAUUGCAGAGUCUAAAUUUUGCCAUGAAUUUCCAGGUUCUACAUGCAAAUUGAAUUUGCUUGCCACUUAUCUGAAUUUUAAGAUGCUGGUUUCGACCUUUUAGUUGAAGGUGAGCUUAAGUGUGAGAAAUGGACUCGGGAUGAUGGCGCCAAGUCAGUGGAACAAUCAUCAAACGUAAAAUGUCUGCUCGACGGCUUGAUCGGCAGGCCGGAGAGGGACAAGGCGUAUGUUGCUGUUAAUCUGUUGAUUUGGGAUGUCCUGUUCUAGGGUAUGACCAACAAAGCAUAUCCUUUUUGCUUAUUCACCUGAGCAUUUUGUUUCUUUGUUAUUUUAUGUUUUGUUUACUCUAUGUUGAACAAUUAUCUAGAAGCAUAUGUUUGUAUGUUUUCAUCAGAUUUUCAGAGAAGAAACACGUGUACAUGUUUGUCAGAUUUUUUGGGGAAAGAAGCCUAUAGAGUACACAAUGAUUUGGGAUUUUGGAUGUUUCCCAUGGUCAUGCACGAAUUUAGUUAUUGAGCAACUAACCAUUCCAUCAUCUAAGCAUCUCAGCCACCCGGUUGCUUAUUUCAUUCAUGAGGCGACCAGUGUGGCUAAGGCGAAUGCAGGUAAAUCAAAAUUCUAUAUUGAACAUGUGGUACCUCCAUCGUAAAAGAAAGCUAGCCAGCGGGGCAUCAGACGGGCCUGCUCAGCUAGCUUUAGAUUUUGUUCUGCAUCAAGAUUACAGAUUUAUAAUUCUAGGUUAACCAAUUCCAAUGCAAGUGGCAUGUAUUUCUAUAUUUCUCUGUCCAUCGUAAGGAGUACAAACUGUAAAAAUUCCCACAUUAUCUCAAACAUCUUGGUGUAUGUCUAUGGUCUCUUUGUAUAGCUCUGAGGUUGAUCUGAUUUCCCUAUAGGCUCAAAAAAUAAAGUACUGUAAUAUGUCCUAAAUCAUAUUUAUAUCACUUUGUAAGAGCAGCUGACAGGGGUGCAUGCCUUGCUUGAAUGCACACAAAAUCAUGUUAAUAUAAUUUUUUGCCCUAAGCGAAAUGUUUGAUCUAUUUCUUACUGUGUACAAGCUUAUUCUAUAUUACUUUGAAGAAAAUAGAAACUUUUAUAAUCAUCAUCUUUUAUGUAGGGGUGAUCCAUUAUUAAAUCUACAAGUUCGUAGUAGAUAAUCAUAUCAUUGUGUUGUUUGAAGACUGACUUGCUCUUUUGACUGGCGAAAUGUUGAUACUGACUAGAGGGCAAAAAUUGAGUUGAUCGCUACUUCUUUACUUAAUUAAUUAGUCUUAUUCUGGGUGAAUUUUUAUUGUCAUCCUACACAAAUUAUGCAGGAGUAAGAGGGCAGAAAUUGAGUUGAUCACUACUUCUUUGCUUAAUUAAUUAGUCUUAUUCUUGGUGAAUUUUUAUUGUCAUCCUACACAAAUUAUGCAGGGGUAAGAGUACCAAUUGUUUUAUGGGAAUGUUGAGUGCAUACUUCUGCAGUACUAAAUAUUGUUUAUUACCCCAAAUUGCUUUGUCAGAGGUAUAAUUUAUUCUCGGAUACUCUGUUAUGUGGGGCCAAGCCGCAACAUAUCUUGAAAAUUCUAGCUCGACAUAUCUUUGUGUGACUCAUGUCCACAUGUGCUAAGUUGUUUUGAGUAUAAUCUUAAACAGGUGGAAGCGGAAUUAUUGUGUAUGUUGUCUAGGUACAUAACAUAUACACUUCAAAGCACCCUUUGUUUAUUUGAAGAGUUUUGUAGCUUCUUUUCUAUCUUUCAAAAUUGCAGCUUUUCUUAGUUAGUGCCACUGAAUUACUUAAAAGUAAUUAACUUGUGCAUUCUAAAUACUGAAGGUGAUGGUUCUAGGCAUAAAGGCUGCUCGGCUUUGACUGAACUUGCUCAGAGGGGGUUCUGAUCCCGUUAACCAAGGUACAUAAUAUAAUAAAUAUUGUUCUGGCACCAACUUGCAUCGUGGGAUAAGGAUUUGUCUAGACCGAACUACAUCAGGACGUGACCAUCAGCCACGAGAGGAGUCACAUUUUUUUCCAUCAGCCCCCAGAUGAUGAAGGUAACUUAUUAAAUCUUUUUUUUUGAGAGUUACCUAAUUAAAUAUAAAUUUUUUGAGGGUACCUAAUUAAAUCUUGACCAAGAGUAAUCUUUAGCAAAACUGUUUAUAUAUAUCAAAAAUAAAAACGUAGAUGUGACCGGGAAGAAUACGGCCGGUCCAGUGCUUCGAGGGAGACGAAAAGCACACGAUUUGUUACAGGAACAGGAGGGAGGAUUCCAGUCUGAUACGGCCCGAGAAGUUCGAUCGCUUAGCCGGUGCAGAAUAGGCAUAUAGGUACGUGGCACGAGGGUAUCGUUAUAACUACCAGAGCAAGAGGAUCGCUGUUCCAGAAAAAAAACAGAGAAGGAGAACCGACGACUUGACAACGAUGGCGGCAGCGCUUUGGAUUGCGGCGAAGAGGAUCUGCGGUGGCGCCCUCGAGCGACCACCGCAGGGGCUUCUCUCGGCUGCCAAGGAGCUGACAUCGAGGACUAGCAAUGGCGGGAGCUCUCUUCGCCGGUUCGGCUCCUCCGAAUCACCAAGCCUGCUUAAUAAGAACAACAAGCAUGGAGCCAAAUCCGCCGCCAGCAUUGCAGAAUCCUCCACACAAGUGAAGCACCCUGCAUCAUCAUCACCACGUCCACCUAAAGAUGAGAAGCAGUUUCUGGCCACUGUAAUGAAAUUAACACUCGGCGCCGUGGUAUUUACGGUUGCAGGCCUCUACGUGGAGGCCAAGUAUAUAAUCAAUGGCCCUUUCCUUGGGAGGGAGCGGCCUGUGGAGGACACUGGUGAACGUUCAGAUGCUAUAUGCUUUAUCAAGUAAAAUUAGUGUCUUAGUAGUUUUAUGGACCUACUGUGGAUUUGUGGGAUAAUAUAAUAGUUGUGAUGAUGAUUGUUUUGUACUCCCACCGUCCCAUAAUGUAAGACGUUGUUUUUUACUCUAGUGUAGUGUUAAAAAGCGUCUUACAUUAUGGGACAGAGGGAGUAGUUUAGUUUAGUCGUCAAUGCUUUGCUACUGUAUUUGCUAUGUGUCCACGCUUAUAUAGUGCCACACACUGUGUUGGAAUU